AUGUUGAACCUGAAAGCUCAAAAGUUGGUAGGCUCCAUUCCGGCUUCCGCUGGAAAUCUUACUUAUAUUACUGGAAUCAAUUUGAUGGACAACAACUUUCAUGGAGAAAUUCCACCAGAAAUGGAUCGUCGACAAAGCCUACAAUAUCUCAACUUUUCCCAUAAUUCCUUCCGUGGGAAAAUUCCAAAUAAUUUGUCGCAAUGCAAUCGGAUUAAGGGGUCCAUUCCGAACCAACUCAGUUCAUUGUUGGAUUUAAAACAUCUAUGGCUUUAUGGUAACAAUCUCACUGGAACCAUCCCACCUUGGAUAGGAAACUUUUCUUUGUUGAGCAGUCCUUUUCUUGGUGAGAACAAUUUUCAAGGAAGCAUACCCAAUGAGUUGGGCCAUAUAACAGCCUUGGAGGAGUUCGUAGUUGAGGAGAAUAAUCUAUCUGGUAUGAUCCCUGUUAGGAGUGACAACGAUCAAUCAUCACUAUAUGAAAAUGAUGAGUACAAUAAGAGUAGUCUUAUCAAGCCAAAGACAAAAUUUGAUGGAUACAGGAAAUUGCAUGGAGAGCUACCACCAAAUCUCGGCACUAUGCUUCCUAAUCUCGUACAACUUUAUUACGGUGGGAACAAAUUCAGAGGAAAUAUUCCUAUAUCAUUGCCAAAGGCUUCUAGACUUCAGACGCUUGAACUUUCUCAAAAUGGCUUCUCUGGGACAAUCUCUGGUGAAAGUCUAGGAAGCUUGCGAAGCUUAGUUUGGCUAAAAAUUUAUGGCAAUCAAUUACGAAAUAGAAAAGUUGGUGACUUGAAUUUUCUCAGUUUCUUGGCUAAUUGCACAAUUUUGGAGACUAGGGGGAAAUUUUAUACAUGGAAACCCUCCCUAAACUUGACCACUCUAGCAUUAGAUCAUAACCAUUUGGGCGGUAGUGUCCCUCAUGAAAUUGGGAAGUUAGAGAAGUUAGAGCAACUGUAUUCGGAUGUUAACCAAUUUUCUGGGUCAAUUCCGUCUUCCCUUGGUAAUAUGACUUUAGUGUUAAACCUCCACAUGGGGUUAAACAGGUUUGAGGGCAGUAUACCUCCAAGUCUUUCAAACUACCGAAACAUUUUAGAUAUUAACCUUUCAAGUAACAACCUUACGGGCACCAUGCCUAAAAUGCUUAUGGAGCUUUCAACCCUUUCAAAUUCUUUAGACCUGUCUGACAAUUAUUUGACUGGUUUGAUGCCCCUUGAGGUGGGUGAUUUAGUGCAUCUCACGGAGCUAAAUGUAUUAAGAAACAAUUUAUCAGGUGAAAUCCUGAGCAACCUCGGUAGGUGUACUAGUUUGGAGCGCUUGUAUUUGCAAGGUAAUAAGUUUGAAGGAACAAUUCCUCAAUCUCUUAAAGAUUUAAAAGGCUUGGAAAUACUUGAUAUUUCAAGCAACAACUUGUAUAGGCAGAUUCUUGAAUUCAUAGGCAAGCUUGGUGCUCUCAAAUAUCUCAAUUUUUCGUAUAAUGAUUUUGAGGGCGAGUUGCCUAAAGACGAGUAUAGCACGGGAGGCCAAGUUUCCACACUAAGAGAUGUUUACAGCUAUGGGAUACUGUUGCUGGAAAUAUUUACGGGAAAAAGACCUACUGAUGACAUGUUCAAAGACGAUCUGAGCAUUUACCAAUUCGUAGUCAUGGCUUUGCUUGACCAUGUGAUGGUCGUUGUUGACCCUUCAAUUCUGCUCGACCUCGAAGCAGAUGGUGAUGUUAACGAUGACAUAGUACGAGAACAAACUCCAUCCAGACUUAAUAAUCGUGGAACUCCAUCCAGAUGUAACAAUCGUGGUCUGGUAAAAGCAAUGAAAGUAAAGGAAUGCUUGGUUUCAGUGAUGCAGAUAGGACUCUGUUGCUGUGCAAUGUCACCGAGGAGCAGAUGUUGA